GGGAACCAAUCAAAGAGAGACUGUGGGUACAUGAGGUGCCGGACUUGCUGCAAGAGCCGUGGGUUCCAGUGUCCCACUCACGUCAAGAGCACUUGGAUCCCCGUUUCCAAGCGCCGCCACACCGCCGCCGCCAGACACCGCCUUUCCUCCUACCCUAUUAACCGCCACCUUCCGCCGCCCCCGCCUCCUCAAAACCCCCCCUUCUUCGGUAGUGCAGAAGAGAGUAACUUUCCGGCGGAAGUGAGUUUUCCGGCGGUAUUUAGAUGCGUGCGGGUGAGCGCCGUCGACAGUGCUGGCGGGGAGGAUACAAAUUAUCAAUACGCGUACCAGACGGCGGUCAACAUUGCCGGCCACGUUUUCAAAGGGAUUCUCUACGAUCAAGGGCCGGAGAGCCGUUACAACACCCCCGAGGAGGGAUCGUCAGCCGCCGCCGCCCGCCUGCAGCAACUCGGUCAUCUCGUGGGUGGCGAUGCCACCGCGGCUGCCUCCAAUAACAACGUAUCUCCACCACAGCCGCCGCCGCAUCCUUCCUACCACACUCCUUUUACUACUACUAAUUUCAUGCCCGCCGCCGCGCAUUUCUUCCCUUACCCAAAAUCUUAGUUCUCAAUUUUGUCCGCAUUAAUUUUUUCGUGCAUUCAAAGAGACUAGAAGUAUAUUUCUCCAUAAUCAUUUACAUUUUCUACCGGAGUAGUUUUUUUAAAGGAAACACAUUGGAUACAAAAGGAUAUGAUGAGCUCGAUUUUCGAGGACCUCUCAAACUCGAUCGGAUGAUCACUUGAGGGAAGAUAAAUUAAACCUAAUCGCAGAUUGGUGGUAGAGAGUGAAGCUUGCACCUGGUACUUGCAUAUGUCAUAUGCUUAACAUAGUUACCUCCUAGUACUAUUACGAAUAGAACUCGAGUCUACCU